AUGAUGAAGUACUCCCCCAUAUUGAAAGAUGAUCUGAACUACAAGAAAUACAUCCUAAAUGUUAUAUUGUCCGCAAAUCCCAACUUGCAUCCGGACAAUUAUCUGGUCAUUGUGCUCUACGGCUACUCUGAUACAAGAAAGCGGCCAAAAGCAAAGAGACUUACGCCUCUAGCCCCCUUCAAAACCUACGCUGCUAAUUCCUACAUUGUGAAAUCAAGCAAGGGAGACCAUCUGUGGCAUGUCCGAAGGCUAGUUUCAUAUUCUGAUGUGACAAAUAUAUUCAAGUCUACGGAGAAAUUCAUGGUUUACAAGGUAGUGUUCAACGUCAAAGAUGGAUUGGUUGUGGAGCAAGUUGAGGGAAAAAGCAUCGGAGAUGAGGCUUUGUUUCUGGGCGGCGGUCAUUCAGUGUCGGUUUUGGCUUCAAACUUUCCUGGUUGUAAGCCGAAUUCAAUAUACUACACCAACUAUGAUGUGACCUUAUUUUGA